AUGACUCCAACAUUUGUUCUCAUCACGGGUGCCAACCGGGGCUUGGGAUACGGGCUCCUUAAACGGUACCUUGCGCUCCCGAACCACGUCGUGAUUGCCGGCAACCGUAAUCUAGAGCACCCGACAUCUAAAGCGCUCGAUGACCUUCCCAAGGGUGAAGGCAGUCGUCUCAUAGUCGUCAAGAUUGACGCGUCUGUCGACCAGGACGCUUUUGAUGCUGUCAAAGAGCUUCAGAAAUCUCACGGGAUCGAUUAUCUUGAUGUGGUCAUCGCCAACGCCGGUGUAUCGUACACCUGGCCCUUGGUGGCAGACUUGAAGAUUGCCGACCUACAGGGCCACAUCACACCCAACGUAUAUGGUGUUAUCACUCUGUACCAAGCCACGCGCCCGCUGCUGCAGAAGUCGCCUAAUGAACCCAUAUUUGCACCAAUGGGAUCUACGGCCGGCUGCUUGGCAAACCAACCCCCAAUUCGGAAUGCUGCGUACGGCCCCUCGAAGGCAGUAGUGAAUUGGUUGACUAUCAGGAUCAACACCGAGGAUGAAUGGCUCAACGCAUUCGUUCUGGGGCCUGGUUGGGUCCAGACUGACCUAGGCAAUGAAGGUGCCCGUGGCCUUGGGUUUGAAAAAGCCGCACUUGGAGUCGACGAGUCUUGUGACGGCAUGAUGCAGGUGCUUACUUCAUCCAGCAAGGAGAAACACGGAGGGAAGAUGGUGUCUUACGAAGGAGAAAUUUUGGGGUGGUGA